UUGCGCGUCGUUUCAGCUCUAGAAAUGCACCUGAUUAGGAUUUCUUACUUUUAUAAUUUCGACUUUUUAUCUCAUUUCUUGCUCAUCAUUUUCUUGGUUGCCCCUUUUCUACUCAUUCUCUCCUAAUCACCCAUUCACUACCACCAUUAUAUUUAUAUACGGAACAUUUAAUCAUUUCAUUUAUAUACGCAAUACCAGAAAAUGGGUCUGAAUCGACUGUGCUACAUCCUCCCUACAGAGUCAGAGACCGAGACCGAGACCGAGACCAAGGCGGAGGCAGAGAAUAUACCUGAUGAAUCCAAAGGGCGUACGAGCAUCAUGAGUAGCUGCCAUGAUCAGAUUGUUUCAAUGCUCCGGAGAUCAUUAACGCGUCUGCUCAUCACUGGUUCAUUAUUAUGCGGUAAGAUGAAACAACACCAAGAAGCAGUGUUUCACGACAUGAGAGGAGUAGAAUUCUCUCAAGUUAUCAAGAUGGAUAACAAUCAAAUGACUAACCCCAAAAUGUUCAGUUUUGCUGAGCUUUAUAUUGGAACCAACGGUUUCAGCAACGACCAAGUUCUUGGUAGUGGCGGUUUUGGCAGGGUUUUUAAAGCUCUCUUACCCAGUGACGGCACUCUUGUUGCUGUCAAGUGCUUGCUCAAUACUACUACUACUACUACUACUACUACUACUACUGAUAAUAAACCAUCGUCUGAUCUUCUCAACAAUGGCAUCGACAAGACUUUCGCAGCUGAGUUGGUUGCCGUGGCUCACUUACGCCAUAGGAAUCUGGUUAGGUUAAGGGGUUGGUGUGUCCAUGAUUAUCAGUUGCUCCUUGUCUAUGAUUACAUGCCUAACCGCAGUCUUGAUAGGGUCCUCUUUAAGAAUACCUCCAAUUCCCUUCUUCUAGAUUUCAAAAGGAGGAACAAUAUAGUUCUUGGUUUGGCUGCUGCCUUAUUUUAUCUCCAUGAGCAGCUCGAGACUCAGAUCAUCCACAGGGAUAUUAAAACUAGUAAUGUCAUGCUCGAUUCCCACUACAACGCUAGGCUUGGUGACUUUGGCCUCGCACGUUGGCUCGAGCACGACCACAAGAAUACUCCCUCUCUCCUCUCGUCAUCCAGGAGAUCAUCAGAUUAUCAAUUUCGGCUAGCAGAGACCAGCAAGAUUGGCGGAACAAUUGGCUACUUGCCCCCUGAAAGCUUUCAGAAGCGCUAUGUUGCAACUGCCAAGUCUGAUGUUUUUAGCUUUGGGAUUGUAGUCUUGGAAGUUGCUUCUGGAAGACGAGCCAUUGAUCUCACUUAUGCAGAUGAUAAGAUCAUUUUACUGGAUUGGGUUAGAAGGUUAGCUGAUGAUGGCAGCCUGCUGCUAGCUGCAGAUUCUCGACUGCCUGAUGGAUCUUACCAGCUCUCUGAAAUGGAACGUUUGAUCCAUCUGGGGCUCCUUUGCACAUAUCACAUUCCCAAAUCACGCCCUGACAUCAAAUGGGUUCUGGAUGCUCUCUGUGGAAACAUCUCCGGCAAACUUCCAUCUCUUCCUUCUUUUAAGACACAUCCUUUGUAUAUUUCCUUGUCUAGCAGCAGCUCGUCUGAAACCAAAUACAAACCCACCAGUAGUACUACUACCGUCUCUACAUCAUCCAUUUCAACCAUCUAUAUUACAGCUGCUGGAAAAACCUUAUUUGUAACAGCUCAAGAUAUUGAUGAAGACAGCAAGUCUGAGAGCUCAUACACAGAUAUAGAGAGUGUGCCUGAUAAAAACUCUUUUCACCUUCCAGUAGUUGAGACACCAAGAGAGAUCUCUUUCAAAGAGAUUGUUUCUGCAACCAACAAUUUCUCAGACAAUCACAGGGUGGCUGAGCUGGACUUUGGAACUGCCUACCAAGGCUUCCUUGAAAACCGCCAUCAUGUCCUGGUCAAGCGGCUUGGAAUGAAGACUUGCCCUGCUCUACGAGCCCGGUUCUCAACAGAACUCCAUAAUUUAGGAAGGCUUCGUCACCGCAACCUUGUACAGCUCCGUGGCUGGUGCACAGAACAAGGAGAAAUGCUGGUGGUCUAUGAUUACUUAGCCAGUCGACUCCUUAGCAACAUGUUGUUCCAUAACAGCUGCAAAGCCUUGCAAUGGCAUCAACGUUACAAUAUAAUAACAUCACUUGCAUCAGCAGUUGUCUAUCUCCAUGAGGAAUGGGAUGAACAAGUUAUCCACAGAAAUAUUACCUCUUCUUCCAUAGUUGUGGAUCCAGAUAUGAAUCCUAGGCUCACCAGCUUCGCACUUGCUGAGUUCUUGACACGAAAUGAGCAUGGGCAUCAUGUGGCCAGCACAGAUAAUUCAGUUCGGGGGAUCUUUGGGUACAUGUCACCCGAGUACAUGGAAUCUGGAGAAGCAAACACUGCAGCUGAUGUUUAUAGCUUUGGUGUUGUGGUACUUGAAGUGAUUACUGGACAGAUGGCUGUUGACUUUCGACAUCCUGAAGUGCUACUAGUCAAGAAGAUUCGUGAAUUUAAGGCUACAGACAGGCCUUUAGAAGAGUUGGCAGAUCCUCAGUUAGAUAGGGAGUAUGAGCUUCAGGAAUUUGUAAGACUGCUAAAACUAGGACUGGCUUGUACACAUUCCAGUCCAAAAUCACGACCAAGUAUGAGACAGAUUGUCAGCAUACUCAAUGGUAAUACUUCAUGCUUCAUUCAAGGGUCUAUGGAGGGAAUAGAAGAAUGGAAACAAGCAAAUGCAUAUUCAUUGUCAUUGGUUAGACGAAUCCAGGCCUUGGGGAUCCAAUAACUACCACCGGGGAUACUAUACUACACCCUAUAUAUAUAGUGUAUGUCAAAUUUUGCUCUUUGUCCCUACUACAUCUGAUAUAGUUAUAGCCUUGUAGGUGUUUCCCAAGCCACCGGAAAUUUUAUUUAUUAUACAUGAUGCAGCUACAAUUAGUAAGAACCUUGUGGUUCAUUACUUGGGUUCCUUUUCAUUACUUCUGUAAGAAAAUGUGCAUUUUCUUAGUUAGUUCUUACUGCAUUUCAUAUAUUUUUCUAUCUUAUAGAAGGAACUUUACUUUUGGAUUGAUUUAUGAUAGGGUGUUACUUUUAAUUUCUAUUGGAAAUAUUUAUCUUUAACAACCUGCCACUGAUGAAUGAUAAUUCUUGUGCUCUGUUACUUUACCAUUUAAAUUUAUACAAUACAUGAAUUAUU